UAAAACAAGGAUAAAUAGAAGUAGAAAACCAAGAAGUCCACAUCCUGACAGACAGAUGUGAAGAUGGCAUUAGCCAGCGGUCACUGGAUAGAGAAAGAGAUGAGGGGAGGAGCCCCUAGUCCCAGACACGGCCACGCUUUAGCUGUGGCGGGAAACGUCGCCUUUGUGUUCGGAGGAGCCUUCAGCAUCAACCAAGAGGAGGACAACCCUGUUUACUUCAAUGACUUCUACAUGCUAACAGUUUCCCCUGAUGAUGUGAUGUGGGAGGAGAUUCCUCAGAGCGGAGAAGUUCCCUCAGCUAGAGAAGGACACACUCUUUGUGUUGUAAAAGGGAAGUUGUAUCUGUUUGGAGGAGUGUCCAGCCCGGACGCCACUGAGUGUCUCCCAGGAGUCUACAGCUUUGACAUAGUGUCUCUGACCUGGGACGGCUUAGCAGUCGGGGGUGUGGCCCUCAGAACCCUCAGACAUAGCUCUGUCGCCGUGGGAGACAACAUCUACGUGUACGGAGGCAUUCUGGGAGGAAAUCCAACCAACGAUCUCAUGGUCUUCAACACAGUGUCUCUCACCUGGACUCCGGUUAAAACCAGUGGAACGCUGCCUCCGGCUCUGUGUGGUCAGAGCUUUGCUCUGGUUGGAGAUCAGGUGUUCAUGUUUGGAGGUUAUGAAGCGGGUGGAGUCUUCUGCAAAGACCUCCAUGUUCUCAGCACAGAUAACUUGGUGUGGCAGAAAUGGGAGGUGAAGGGAGAAUCACCUGCAGCCUGCAGUGGACAAACCCUGACUGCACACCAUGAUAAAGAUAUCUACCUGUUUGGUGGGAAAAGCACAAAUGAGGACGGCACGGUGACGUCUUCCAAUGAAAUUCAUAAACUCAGUAUUGCUAAAAUGAAGUGGAAGGUCCCUUUAUACGUCGGGAUUCCUCCGGCCCGUCGUCACGGACACACCACUUUCAUUCUCCACAGCCAUCUGUUUGUAUUUGGAGGGAAGAAUGAAGAGCAGGACUUUAAUGACCUGAAGGUGAUGAAGCUUAUCAACCCUUCAGAAAGACAGCCAGUGAUGAAGGAGAUUCUGUCAGAGUUUGGACUGCAGGGAGUCAGCCACAGCUUCACUCCCACAAAGGUUCCCAACGUCCGCUACGAGCUGAGCGAGUGUGUUCUAUCCAACCAGUCCAGGAACACACCAGUUAAUGCACAGGUUUCUGUGAACAGAGACUUCAGUGCAGUUCGAGAUCAGGCCAUGAAAAUGAUCCAGGCAGCCUUCACUCUGCUGAACCAGGAGUUCCAGAAACUGGAUCGGGAGAAGUCAGAGCUGUCUAAAGCUGCUGCUGUUCUGCAGAGAGAGAAAGAAGCUCAUGAAGUCCACCGACAGCAACAGCAACAGGAGCUGCAGGAGAUGCUGGACAGGCAUCGCUCUCAAAACGAGGCAUGGCUCCGAGCGAGAGCCGAGGAGAACGACCGAGAGAGGAGAGAGCUCUACAGACUCAGGGAGGAGGUGUUGCAGGAACAGGAGAGGCUGAAGGAGGAGCAGAGCAGCAUCCAGAAACGCAGUGAACAUCUUCUGUCUAUCAUGCAACAGUUCAAAGGAAUGUGAGAUAGAUAGAUAGAUAGAUAGAUAGAUAGAUAGAUAGAUAGAUUGACAG